AUGGACCCCGACCUGAGGACCAGACCUGUGCACGUCCUGCUCGGGAGCUUCAUCUGCCUGGUCGGUGUGUGUUCACUUUGUUCAGCUGAGAGACUGUGCACGGUUCCUCCAGGUCCAGUGUCAGUUCCAGAGAACAACACGGCCGACAUCCAGGUAGUGAAGAUCAGCUCCAUCAGCGAUGUGACUCUGUCGGUGUCGGUGAACCCCGAAGAUCUGUUCUACCUGAGAGGAAACGCACUGAUGGUGAAGAAGGGACUCGACUAUGAGUCUCUGUCCAGUGCAGCUCUGGUGGUCUGGGUUCAGUGCAGCAGAGAGGGAUCCAGCUCUGUGAACGAGUCCGUGGAGGUGUUGGUGGAGAACGUGAACGAUAACCCUCCAAACUUCGCUCAGAGUCACUUCCUCCUGGAGGUGAACGAGCUGACGGCGGUGAACUCCAGCGUGGGACUGAUCGAAGCCACAGACGUAGAUUCAGAGCCGCUCUACUAUCGCCUGGAGUCUGCCACGUGGAUCAGUGUGAGGAGCAGCAGCAGGUGUUUGUGCUCCUGUCCUCAGAGUCUCACCUGUUGUUUGUUGUCCUGCAGGUUCAUCGCCGUGUCCAUUCCUCUGAAGUACAACCGGAAACACGUGGACCACCGUCAGCUGGUCCUGCUGUCGGCCACCUGGCUGCUGGCCCUCGCCGUGGCCUCGCCCGUCAUCUUCGGCAUCAACAACGUUCCUCACCGCGACCCCAGCGAGUGCAAACUGGAGGACAACACCUAUGUGGUUUACUCCUCCGUCUGCUCCUUCUUCAUCCCCUGCCCCAUCAUGCUCCUCCUCUACGUGGGGGUCUUCAGGGGUCUGCAGCACUGGGAGGAGGCCCGGAAGCACAAACUGCGCAGCAGCAUCGAGGCCUGCAGGAAGCUGCAGCACGCCGCCAUCGCCGCCGCCGCCCUCCCCCCGCUGACGGGCACCAUACCCGGGCCGCUGCCGCUGCCUCUGCCCCGGAUCAUCGAGAGGGACCUGGCCCAGUGUCGGCUGGACGACACGGACGAUGACAUGCUGCAGGAGAUCCCGUACCCGCGACAGUACAGAGAGAACUCGGUUCCCACGCUGACGCUCAGCGAUCAGCUGACCAGGAGGAAACGCGCAAAGAUCAACAACCGCGAGAGGAAGGCCAUGAAGGUGCUUCCUGUCGUAGUGGGUUGCUUCCUGUUUUGCUGGACCCCGUUCUUCGUGGUCCACACGACGCGAGCCGUCUGUCUGAGCUGCACCAUCCCUCACGGCCUGAUGAGCGCCGUCACCUGGCUCGGCUACGUCAACAGCGCCCUCAACCCCGUCAUCUACACCGUCUUCAACGCCGAGUUCAAGAAGUUCUUCAAGAAGUGUUUCCGCAGCGUCUGCUGAGGACAUCCCUGUCCUGGACUCCGGACUCUGCUGUGAUCUCUGGACCUCUGUGCAGAGCUCCUGCAGAGCUCCAGGAGGGCUCCAGGAGGGCUC